AUGGUUCAAGAUGAGAAAGGGAAAUUUGAUGAGCUGGUGGAGGAGAAAGGUGUGAGAAUACUUGUUGAACCUAAAGCCUUAAUGCAUGUCAUUGGAACCAAGAUGGAUUUUGUAGAUGAUAAACUCAGGUACCCUCAAUCUCCAUUCUCCCCUUCAUUCAUUCUUAAUUCAUUCGUUGAGGAUGUUGUUCUCUCCUCAGAUGGACAAUUCGCCCUUUCCGGUAGCUGGGACGGUGAGCUCCGUCUUUGGGAUCUAGCUGCUGGUGUCUCCACUCGUCGAUUCGUCGGACACACCAAGGAUGUGCUCUCCGUCGCCUUCUCCCUUGACAACCGUCAGAUCGUCUCUGCAUCUCGUGACCGUACGAUCAAGCUGUGGAACACUCUAGGUGAGUGCAAGUACACGAUCUCAGAAGGAGGUGGUGACGGACACCGUGAUUGGGUUAGCUGCGUCAGAUUCAGUCCUAACACACUUCAGCCGACGAUUGUGUCAGCCUCGUGGGACAAAACGGUGAAAGUGUGGAACCUCUCGAACUGCAAGCUCAGAUCGACACUUGCUGGUCACACUGGAUACGUGAGCACUGUUGCCGUGUCACCUGAUGGUUCACUCUGUGCAAGUGGAGGCAAAGACGGUGUUGUUUUGCUGUGGGAUUUGGCUGAGGGGAAGAAGCUUUACUCUUUUGAAGCUAACUCUGUGAUCCAUGCCCUUUGCUUCAGUCCCAACAGGUACUGGCUCUGUGCUGCAACUGAACAAGGUAUUAAGAUUUGGGACUUGGAGAGCAAGACCAUUGUUGAGGAUUUGAAGGUUGAUCUCGAGGCUGAGGCCGAGAAGGCUGACCACCGUGGCCCUGCUGCCACCAAGAGGAAGGUUAUUUACUGCACAAGCCUGAACUGGAGCGCUGAUGGAAGCACCCUGUUCAGUGGUUAUACCGAACCCGACAAGUUCGUGAACGUAGAAGAACAACAUCCACCGCUUUUAAAGCUCAAGAAUGAAGAAGUCUGUAAAAAGAAGAAGAAGGAUCAGAAAAAUAGAGAGUGAGAAGAUACAUAAGCCCGUGGUUUUUUUCAUAUUUGGGCUUCUUUUUCUUGGCCCAUUAAGUUUCAUAAUAAAGUUGAGGUUGUUUAUAAAUAAAUAACUUGGGCUUACGGUUUUACCCGAACCGAGAGAACCAAAAUUUUCGCUCAAAUACUAAAACUUUAGGUUAA